GGCGGCCGGUCCCGGGAGCACGCAUGGUUAAGGCAGCCGCGGGCGCACAUCUGGCGGGGGAGGGCUGCGAGCCUCGUCCCGUGCCUCGCUGCCUCCUGCGCUUCCCAAAAGUGUAUUUCCGCCCGGGCCGGGCGAGCAGAGGCGGCUCCGGAGCGGGAGGCAGCGAUCGGCCGCGGGCAGGCUCUGCGCUGGCCCGGGCGAUGCCCUAGGGCAGCAAAGGCAGCGCCGAGAGGGAGAAGCCGUGCCCCGGAGGUGCUGACAUCCCAAAUUGCUGCUUUUGGGCGCCCAUGGGAGGCAGCUGAAGCCAGGCUGAGCAGGAGCAGCAGCACUUGGUCCAGGACUUGGCCCGCUCAGAGGCUGCUGCUCUGCUCCACUCUCAGCUCCUGAGCAGUCCCUGGCACCUCACAGGGCACUGCCAAGGCAUGGAGGGGCUGUGGGUGCACGGUGUCCUGCUGAUCUUCCUGCUGCCCUGCCCUGUGGGGAGCCAGACCAGCUCCAUCUCUGACCAGCAAUGGUGGACAGACCCCAAUGAGGCCCCAUCCCAGCACCAAGCUGCCAGGGCCACGCCAGAGCAGAAGGCCGAUGGUGCCCAGGAGGGGCUGCCCCCACAGCCCCACUGUGUCCGCUGCUGCCCCCCACCCGAAAAGCGCUACUACCCCCAGUACCAGCCCGUGCCUCAGAUCAACAUGACCAUCCUGAAAGGAGAGAAGGGGGACCGUGGUGAGCGUGGCAUGCAGGGCAAAUUCGGCAAGACGGGGGUGGCCGGCAGCAGGGGCCACGCAGGGCCGAAGGGACAGAAGGGCAGCAUGGGCGCCCCCGGGGAGCGCUGCAAAAGCCACUACGCCGCCUUCUCCGUGGGCCGCAAGAAACCCCUGCACAGCAACGACUACUACCAGACCCUCAUCUUCGACACGGAGUUUGUCAACCUCUACGACCACUUCAACAUGUUCACAGGCAAGUUCUACUGCUACAUCCCCGGGAUCUACUACUUCAGCCUCAAUGUGCACACCUGGAACCAGAAGGAGACGUACCUGCACAUCAUGCGCAACGGGGUGGAGGUGGUGAUCCUCUACGCCCAGGUGAGCGACCGCAGCAUCAUGCAGAGCCAGAGUGUCAUGCUGGAGCUGAAGGAGCAGGAUGAGGUCUGGGUGCGGCUCUACAAGGGGGAGCGUGAGAACGCCGUCUUCAGCGACGAGUACGACACCUACAUCACCUUCAGCGGCCACCUCAUCAAGUACAGUGGGGACCCCUGAGCACCGGGCCCCCCACUCCUGCUGUGCCAGGCCAGGUGGCCAAGGAGCCCCUGUCCCUCUCAUCCCAGGAGUGCCACCCCCAUUAUGCUGUUAGUCACCCUAGUGCCACUGCCCCCAGCAGCUGCACCAGUGUGUAAAUUCCCUCACUCCAGCACCUCAAGGCUAACCAGACACAUCUGGGAGCAAUUAUAAGCCCCCUGCCAUGUUGGUGACCAGGAAGCAGCUGCUCACCUGGGGUGGGCAGGGAGCUCACCCCCUCUCCCUGCUCCAGAUCUGGGUGUGCCAGGCUCAGCCUGUUGUGGCCCUGGCUGAGCUGGCACAGCAGAACCCUGUGACCGCUGGUGCCCUGGUGCGAGGCAGCGCAGACACCUGCACCAUGCCAUGCUCACCUCACCUGGCACAGCCCUGCUCCCUGGCUGGAAUGGGCAGAAGGUGCUCAGCACCAUCCAGAAAGGCAAUAAACCACUAAGGGCCCUCCCUCCUUCCCUGGUGCAGGUGUUGCAGUGGGGGGCUGAGUCCCCCUGUGGGAAGUGAAUUGUGUCAGUUCCCUCUGCAGAUUCUGUUGCUGCUCACCGCAGCCUCUGCUCAGGAAGGGCUCUCUCCCCACCGGCAGCCCUGGGCGUGGGGCCUUGGCCUCAGCCACUUCCUCUUCCCUUAGGUUAUCUGCUGGCCAGGCCUCCUGUUUGUGUAGAUGCAGCAGUAGCAUGGGCCAGCAUGCUGAGCCCCCCAUUCUGCUCGUGCCACAAUAAACACCUCACGUUUCCAGCCUUGCUCGCA